CGAUUAAUCUGUAAUCGAUUACACACACCAUUAGUUUUAAACUAACAAUGUCAGUCAAAUUUCGUUUCCAGAGCCGGUUGUUUUUGUUUACUUGAAAAAAAAUAUAUUUCGUAAAAAUUACUGUGUAUAAUAUUUUUCUCGAACAGCGAAUUCUAGUUUAAUACAUAUUUGUUUAUAUAUUAAUGCAAAUAAACUUUGCAGCUUUAUCAAAGAAUUACAUAACAUGGCAGCAAGAAAUGUCUUAAUUGGUAUAUUUUAUGUUCCUCAAUCUCCACAUUAAUUAUAAAGAUACAAAAAAGUGCAGUGUACAUUUACGUUUUUCAGGUGGUGGUACAGGCUUUAUUGGUAAGAAUUUAGGGGAGCUUCUCAUAGCUAAUGGGUAUAAUGUCAUGAAUGUUGCUCGGAUGCCAGGAACCAGUAAUAUCUCAUGGUCUACUCUGGAACUGUCAGGAUUGCCAAAUCGGACCUGCGCCGUGGUUAACCUUGCUGGCCAGCAGUUUAUGGACUUCACUAAAAGUUGGACACCUGGAUUUAAACAAAAUGUUCAAAAUUCAAGAAUAUACACCACUAAAGCAUUAGCUAAAGCUAUAAAUGAAAGCAGAGAUAAGCCAAAAGUGUUUGUUCUGUUAACUGGUGUUGGUGCCUAUGAGCCAUCAGAUAGAAAUAAAUAUGAUGAAAGUAGCCCCACAACUGGAAUUGACUUUUUCUCAAGACUUACUGUGGAGUGGGAAAAGGCUGCCUCUAUAGAUCCUCCUGUUCGACUUGUAAUUAUCAGAUCUGGUGCAGUAUUAGGUCGAUGGGGUGGCAUGAUAAAGAACAUGUUCUUGCCAUUUUAUUUCGGUUUUGGAGGCCGUAUUGGUACUGGUAAACAGUACUUGCCAUGGAUUCAUAUAGACGACCUCACCAGUCUCAUCAAGUUUGCCAUAGAGAAUGACAAUAUUUCUGGAAUACUCAAUGGUGUAAGCCCUAAAGUCAUUACCAAUGAAGAGUUCACAAAGUCAUUCGCUAAGGCUUUACGACGACCAGCUGUUUUUCCUGUUCCGGAAUCGAUACUAAAUCUCUUUCUGAAUCCUGAACGUGCAAUGAUAAUGACCAAAGGACAAUAUGUCAUUCCAAAGCGUGUUCUAGAAUAUGGUUUCAAAUACAGAUAUGAAGAUAUUGAUGAUGCUUGUAGAGAAUUUGCACAUCUUUGCCCUAAAAAACACCCGCUCAAGUAAUUAAAACCAAAGUGUCUUAAGAUGUUAUUAUUUACUUAUUAAAAUUGUAGAAAUCAAAAAUAAGUUGGCUAGAAAUUUGUAAUAACUUAUUGUACAUAUGUAAUUUAUUGUUAUUAAUUGUUUAAUUGUUUAAUGUUAAUACUCAAACUUG